GGCCGUCAGCUGAUGUUGGUGAGUUUUUGCGAGGGGACAGCUGCAGCGCAACACAAAUAAUUAGCUAUCGUUGAGGAAAAGGAACGUGACAGUGGUGUGUGUACGAUGAAGAAGAGCAAGGUCAAGGUGAGCAGCUCGGAGAAGGAGUUCACCUUCGAGUUCCGCGCGGGCCGGCAGCGCUGCGUGCUGCGCGUGCCGCUGCAGUUCCCCGCGCGCUCGCCAGUGCACGAGGAGGUGCGCGACCUGCACGGGCGGCUCAUGCUCCUGCACAGGAUGCCCUGCUUCGUAGAGGAAGAUUUGAAGAAUGCCCUCACUAGCUUCAUUCAGAGAGAAACCUUGGAGGACUAUGAAAGAGAAGCUGAAGAGGCCCUACAGAGGCUUACAACAGGGGAGGUGGACAUCGACAUGCUCGCAAACACUUGGGCAAAGGCCUACUCUGAGACGACACUGGAGCACGCUCGCCCAGAGGAGCCCAGCUGGGAUGAGGAUUUUGCCAAUGUUUACCAUGAGCUGAUCCACUCGCCAGCCUCUGACACUCUGCUUAACCUGGAGCACAAUUACUUCCUUAGCAUCUCCGAGCUCAUCAGUGAGAGGGACAUGGAGCUAAAGAAGUUGCAGGAGAGACAGGCAGCUGAGAUGGACAGUGUGAUGCAAGAGCUGGGCAAGUCCCUGAGUGACCAGGAUGUGAAUGCAGUGGCGUCUCAGCACUUUGAUGCUCAACAGGUGUUGGAAAAUAAGUGGGCCAAUGAGCUGAAGCAGGUGACAGCUAUCCAAAAACAAGAGUAUCAAGAGUGGGUUAUCAAGUUGCACCAGGACCUACAGAAUCCAAACAACAGUACCAUCAAUGAAGAGAUCAAGGUGAUGCCUAGCCAGCUGACGGAGCCUCCAGACCCCGGGGCCAGACUGUUUGAGGAGCAGAGGCAGCUGGAGGAAAGCUUCACUAUACACCUUGGUGCACAGUUAAAGACAAUGCACAACCUGCGGCUAGUACGGGCAGAUGUGCUGGACUUCUGCAAACACCGUCGCCAUGGCAGCAGUGGAGUGAAACUACGUCGCCUGCAGACGGCGCUAUCGCUCUACUCCACAUCCCUGUGCGGACUAGUUCUGCUGGUGGACAACCGUGUCAACUCAUACAGUGGUAUCAAGAGAGAUUUUGCCACAGUGUCCAAGGAAUGUACAGACUUCCACUUCCUUCUUCUGGAGGAGCAGCUUGAGGUGGUCCAGCAGGUGGUGCUGUAUGCCCGGGCACAGAGGAGCAGCAAGCAGCGUGACCAGCCAGAGGUUCCGAGAAACGGAGGCAAUGAGGACAAGGCCAAAAACCUUGAAAGAAACCCUUCAAAUAUCCUUCCAGGUGAAUUCUACAUCUCGCGGCACUCCAACUUGUCAGACGUGCACGUCGUGUUUCAUCUGUGUGUGGAUGACAAUGUGCGUUCAGGCAACAUCACGGCACGCGACCCAGCCAUCAUGGGCCUGCGCAACAUCCUCAAGGUGUGCUGCACCCACGACAUCACCACCAUCACUGUGCCCCUGCUGCUGGUGCAUGACAUGUCUGAGGAGAUGACAAUUCCAUGGUGCUUAAAGCGAGCCGAACUGGUCUUCAAAUGUGUGAAAGGUUUCAUGAUGGAGAUGGCUUCUUGGGAUGGUGGGAUUUCACGAACUGUCCAGUUCCUGGUCCCACAGGUUAGACGUCAUAUUGCAGCUUUUCUUCGCAUCCUUUGUUCCCUGACUUAUUACACAGAAGCAGUAUUUUAUUUGGCAUUCAUGACUUUACAUUGCUAUUAUAAUAAGGGUUAUGCCUCACAUAAAGCUAUCCAGUUAUAUUUAUAUGUUAGUUUGAAAUUUUUUUUUUUUUGUCUCCCACCACAUUUCUGGCCAGUUUAAAGAAUUCCGUUAAAAUCCUCUGAAAUUGGUAUAACAAUUCUUACACAAUCCCAUUUCAGAAGCAAGUAACAAAAAGUAGGGCAAAAUGUUUCAAUCACUGUACAGCUGUUUACCUGAGGCUGUAAAAACUCUCAUGUGAAAAUAAUGUCACUCGAAUAUUUAUGACCAGCGUGAGAAGCAGUGUUCUCGGAGUGCAGCUGUGCUGUGGGGAACUCUUUAACAUGCAACAUAAAAAAGCGUCUCAGUUUGACACACUCCAUGAUUGUGCUGUGCACCAAGUCUAGGGUUUUAUAUAAGAAGAGAAACAUACCCUGCAUCACAUUUUCUAGUUAGCCAUGUUGUUUCUGAGUAGUACUUUUAGUUUUUCCUGUUUAGUAGUUGCUCAAGAAUCUAUGUAUAAAUAUUUCUCAAUUUUGUUUGUAAUGACUGAGGAUUAGGUUGCUUUGAGUUGUACUAACAAACUAGGAGGGUAUCCAUAAAGGUAUUGACCUUUUUCCCCCCAUGGGAGUUUGUGUGCAACAGGGAGAUUUUCUGGUAAUAAAGUGAGUCCCCAGGAGCCACGCAAGUGGUUUCUGGUACUUUUGGCUUUUUUGAAAUUAGCACGCUAAUAAGCUUUUGUCACAUUAUGACCUCCAGUAGCUUCAGAUCCAAAAACCCACAGAUCAAGCAUGUGUGAAACUCCUUUUUCAUUGAUAAUUGAUAUGUAUCUCAUAUAUGGUGUAUGAAGAUGUGUGAAUAUUUUUACCACACCCAUUUACUGCAAGACUUUAGCUUGGGUCUUAUCUCCAGGAGACUGCAGUAAGGGGCGUUGUCUCCUGCAG